AGAAAUUAGGUCCGGAAGUAGUUGUGCUGUUUCAGUAUUUCGCAGUUUUGAUUUGUGUUGUGAGCAGAGAGCUACCCACUGCAACGUUAAAAUGGGGAAAAGACAGCAUCAGAAGGAUAAAAUGUACAUAACAUGUACAGAGUAUACACAUUUCUAUGGAGGAAAGAAACCAGAUAUCCCAAAGGCAAACUUCAGACGGUUAAAUUUUGAUCACUGUAGCUUGUCCUUGCAGCCCUUUGAGUAUCCAGUAUGCACUCCAGAUGGUACAGUGUUUGAUCUACUGAGUAUCAUGCCAUGGAUUAAGAAAUAUGGCACCAACCCAAGCACAGGAGAGAAAUUGGAAGCAAAGUCUCUUAUUAAAUUGAAUUUUACUAAGAAUCAAGAUGGGAAAUAUCAUUGUCCCAUACUGUUCUCUGUAUUUACCAACAACUCUCAUAUUGUGGCUGUGAGCAAAACUGGCAAUGUUUUCUCAUAUGAAGCAGUAGAACAACUGAACAUUAAACCAAAGAAUUAUAAGGAUCUACUAACUGAUGAACCAUUCACCCGUCAGGACAUAAUAACUCUGCAGGAUCCAACCAAUUUGGACAAAUUCAAUGUUUCCAAUUUCUUCCAUGUAAUGAAUAACCUGAAGGUCAUAGAUCCUGAGGAAGAGAAAGCUCGUCAGAACCCAUCCUACUAUCUAAAAAAUGCCAACAUGGAGACUCGGGAGACAUUGAGCGAGCUUUAUAAGGACUAUAAAGGAGAUGAAAUGUUGGCAGCAACGAUGAAGGGGACUGAGAGAAAACAAACUGAUAAACUUAAUGCGGCUCAUUAUUCUACUGGAGCAGUAAGCGCUUCCUUCACAUCCACAGCCAUGACCCCUGAAACUACUCAUGAAGCUGCUGCCAUUGCAGAAGACACUGUGCGUUAUCAGUAUGUGAAGAAGAAGGGCUAUGUUCGACUACACACCAACAAGGGCGACCUCAAUCUAGAACUCUAUUGUGACAAGAUACCAAAGACCUGUGAGAACUUUAUCAAACUCUGUAAAAAGAAUUACUACGACGGCACUAUUUUUCACCGUUCCAUCCGUAACUUCAUGAUCCAAGGAGGGGACCCAACUGGGACUGGAACAGGAGGUGAAUCAUUCUGGGGGAAGCCCUUUAAAGAUGAAAUCAAACCAAACUUGUCUCACACAGGAAGAGGUGUUCUUAGUAUGGCCAACAGUGGACCUAAUACUAACAAAUCCCAGUUCUUCAUUACAUUCCGUUCUUGUAAAUACCUAGACAAGAAGCACACAGUGUUUGGUAGAGUGGUUGGUGGAUUUGAGACCCUGACAGCCAUGGAGAACAUUGACACAGAUCACAAAACAGACCGACCUAAGGAAGACAUUAAGAUCGAAAGUUGUACAGUGUUUGUGGAUCCAUAUGAGGAGGCUGAUAUUCAGGUGGCUUCAGAGCGUGAGAAGGCCAAGAAAGAAGAGGAAGAAGCACAAAUGAAGGCAAAGGCUGUAUUGCCAAAAAAGGAGCAGAACCAGCCGCCCAAAACGUACCGAGAAGGCAUUGGGAAAUACAUUAACAUGUCAGCAAUGAAACGUUCUGCUGAAGAUGAUAAUACAGCUGCAUCUACCAGCAAAAAGGAGAAAGUCACUCGUGGCUUUGGUGAUUUCAGUUCUUGGUAGAGGGAUAUCAAACUUAUAUUUCUUGUUGGUCUCCAUGCCGCUUCUUUGGAAAGUCAGGACAGAUUUGCAGGCUGGUGACAUACAAUAUGAGGACUUUCGUCAGUGGGUAGUUUGAGUUCAACAGUUAAGUGCUGUUGUGUGUCAAGGUGGGUUGACAACUGGGUGUGUAGUUCUGUGUGGUUGUUUUUUUUUUGUUUGUUUUUUUUUUUUAAUAUUAUACAUUGCUCAUCUUACACUCAAUAUUUUAAACACACUUAGGCUGGUGAACCUCAUAAAUGACUGCCAAAAUAUCCAGGUUGUUAAUAUAGUUGAAUAACAAAAUAUUUUAUUAAUUACAAUCCACUGUUCAAUGAACAUUUUCCAAUGCAUUGCUUAAAUGGAACCUAGGAUGACCUUUCGGCUCUUUGUUUCACCUGCGAUCUGAUGCAUUUCCAAUCCUUUCCUCCGGGCUUCUACAUAAUGAGUUCUGUAUUGUUGUCACCAUGUUUCUUAUUUAUUGUCUUCUCUGCACCAUUUUAAUACUGCAAUGUUGGCAGUGAAAUAAGCCAUUCCUAUGUAUCUAGGGAACUUAUCAGGGAUUUGCUAGUUCAGGUAUUUAAAUCAUAGUUGGUCUAUUAAUAGGUUUUACUUGCCAUAAAUAAAUGUACUCCAACACA